AUUUAAAGCCGUUUUUGGAGAGGGACUUGUUCACCAUCUUAUUCUUUCUCCUCAGCUUUGAUGUACUUCCAUGUAAAAGCUUAACAUCGAAAGCGCAUUGCUAUUAUCCUGUCUCAGUCGCUUCGCUAAUUCCUCUCAAGGAAUUCCAGAUCAGAUUCAGAAAGGACUCCACAUCUCCUGUGAUCGGAUCAGGUUAAGAUUGUGAGCUCCUGAAGGAGGAUGAAGAGAAAGAGGGACUCACAAGACACAGUGACGGUGUCUGCUUGUGUCAACGACAGUGAUUCUUCGUUGGGGGCUGAAUUCGAGGUGUUCUUGAGUUUCAGAGGCCCCGACACCCGCCUCAACUUCACAGAUUGCCUCUAUCACUCCCUGGUUGGAGCUGGGAUUCGUGUUUUUAGAGACAAUGAAGAGAUCCGAAAGGGCGAACAGAUUGGAGGUGAGCUCCUAAAUGCCAUCAAAUCCUCCAAAAUAUAUGUGCCCAUUUUCUCUAGAAAUUACACAUCUAGUGCAUGGUGUCUUCGUGAGCUCACGCAAAUGGUGGAGUGCUCGAGCAAAGUAAAUGACAAAGUGAUCCUACCCAUUUUCUAUGAUGUGAAUCCUGAUGAUGUGAAGCUCAAAACUCAAUUGUACUUGGAUGCUUUUGAAAAGCAUGAGGAGAAGUUCGGCAUUUAUGAUGUUCAGCAAUGGAAGGAGGCUUUGACCGAGGUUGCAAGGAUCAAGGGAUGGGGCUUGAAGGACAAAGGCCAUGGUGAAAUCAUCAACACCAUUAUUGAUGAGGUUUUGACUAAGCUUAUGAAAAGGAGGAGAAAUCUACCUGAUUACUUAGUUGGGAUUCAUGAUCAUGUGGAAGCUAUCAUGGACUUGCUAAACGAAGGUACUAGUGAUGUUCGUUACCUAGUCAUCCAUGGAAUGGGUGGUAUCGGUAAGACAACUCUUGCAAGUGCCGUCUUUAAUCGAAUCUCUAAUCAAUUUCAAGGUUGUAGCUUCCUCUUGGAUAUUCGCAAAUCUGCACAGCAUGGUAGAAUUAUUGACUUACAAAAACAAUUAUUAUUAGAAAUUCUCCAAGUUGAUUCUCCAAAGAUCCAUGAUUCCGUUGACAUGGGGAUUAACAUAAUUGGAGAAAGGUUUCGUGAUAAGAAAGUUCUCCUAGUUCUUGAUGACAUGGACAAGUGGGACCAACUCUCUAAACUAGCAGGAAAGAGCAAUUGGUUUGGUCUAGGAAGUAGAAUCAUCAUUACGACGAGAGACAUUAACUUUUUGCCAAUCAAAGAGGAGGACGAAGAGAGCAAUUUUCAAGCACAUUCUGAAGAGUUUAAAAUCUAUAAAAUGACAGAAAUGAAUUCUUUCCAUGCUCUUCAGCUUUUUUGUAAACAUGCUCUUAGGAUGGAUUUCCCAUUGAAUGACUAUGAUGAUAUCUCCUGCAAAAUUACUAACAAAACAGGUGGACUUCCACUAGCUCUUGAAGUUAUUGGUUCCUCAUUAUAUUGCAAAAGCAAAAAGUUUUGGAAAGACACAUUGAAGAAACUAGAUUUGGUGCCUAGGCAAGAAGUCUUUAAUAAAUUAAAGAUUAGUUAUGAUAUGUUAGAGCAUUGUCAGAGAGAGAUCUUUCUUGAUAUUGCAUGCUACUUCAUUGGGAGAGAAAGACUCUACCCGUACUAUAUGUGGAAAGCUUCCAACUAUUUCCCAAAAAGUGAAGUACUCGUCCUUGCUCGUAUGUCUUUAAUAAAGAUUGAAAAAAAUGAUACACUAUGGAUGCAUGAUCAACUUAGAGAUCUUGGAAGAGAAAUUGUUCAAUGCGAAGAUGUCAAUUUUCUGGGGAAGCGGAGUAGGUUAUGGUUACCCAAGAUUGCCUUGGACGUGGUUCAGAUGAAAGAGGGGACUAGCAAAGUCAUAGCACUCAAACUAACGGGACUCUCCAAAGUGCACAUUUUCACUAGUGAAGACUUUGCCAACCUUCCUAAUGUAAGAUUCUUGGAAUUAGAGGGUGGGAACUUGGUUGGGGACUUUAAGAAUCUUCUCUCCAAGUUAAUAUGGCUCUCUUGGAGUGAUUGCCCUUCAGAAUUAAACGCGAUGAAUUUAUGUCUCAAGAAACUAGCCGUGCUCGAACUUUCAGGAAGCAACAUCACUGAAGAUUGGGCUGGAUGGAGGUCAUGCCUGGUGAGCGAGAACUUGAAAGUUAUACGAAUCACUCAUUGCCCAAGCUUAAGAAGGACUCCUGACUUUUCAAAGUGCUCAAAUUUGAAGAGAUUGAUUCUUCAAGGUUGUACAACCUUGCUAGUGGUUGAUGGCUCUUUUUUUAAACUAGAGCACCUAAAGCACCUACAAAUCAGCCCGAUGGAAUUCCCAAAGAGAGACAAUUGCAACCUUUUUGCAGUACCUUACGUAUUAGGUGGUCUAAAAUCCCUCUCAACACUUAAAAUGGAAAGGAUGCAAAUUCAAGAACUUCAUCAUUCCAUUGGAGAGAUGACACGUCUAGAGUAUUUGUCUUUAGCUUCUUUUUGUUUCCUUGAAACACUUCCAGACUCUAUUGGACAAUUGAAAUCGCUGCUUGAAUUGGAAUUGAAUAACACGAGAAUCACAAGUUUACCUCAUUCUAUUGGAGAUCUUAAAAUGUUAAGGAAGAUGAGUCUUCUUGGGACUCAGAUAAAGCAGCUACCGAAUGCAAUAGGAGGGCUACAGUCCUUGCUCAAUCUAGAUUUGAGGGGAACAUGUAUCUCAGAAUUACCAUCUUCGAUUGGAAAUCUCAAAAGGUUGGAGAUUUUAUGUCUAGAUGGGAGUGCGAUAAGAGAGCUACCAAAAGCCAUAGGGAUGUUGGAGAGUCUAAAAGAUUUGGAAGCUCGAUUUUGUGAAAAUCUAGAGGGUGAAAUUCCAAUUGAAAUAGGAGAUUUGUCCUUUUUGAGGAUGCUAGACCUAAGAAGUAGUAAAAUUAGGAGAUUACCCACAACUAUGAAUCAGCUUUCUCAUCUCCAACAACUUUGUUUGUGUCAAUGUGAUCAAUUUGAACAGUUGCCAGAACUCCCUAUGAGUUUGAAGGAGUUGGAGUUCCCACCUCAUUUAUUAUGGACAGCCCCUAACCUCUCGUACCUAACUAACGUAGUCGACCUCCAUGUGUGGGGCGGCACUCAGUUGGUAGACUUCACACAAGGAGCUCCAAAUAUAGAGUGGAUCGAGGGAUUAUCUAAACUUGAGAGAAUGACACUAUGCAUGAGAGAUGUCAUAUUUCCUCCUAUUAAUUUGGUUACUCUUUCUCGGCUUCAGAGUCUUGAGAUGACUUGUGUUGACCCCCACUUUUUGAUGGAGCUCCCGUCCAAUCUCGAAAGAUUGUCUCUAGUCAAUGUAAAGUCACCGAUAGGAAUGUCACUCUUUUCCUACUUGACAAAUCUGUCCACUUUGAACCUUGGUAAAUGUUGGCUGAGGGAGGUGGACUUCGAUAAUGCGCUUGGACAACAGCUGGAGAAACUCCAUAGUUUGGAUGUGAGGGAGAGUAAAUUGCUUGAGAGGCUAUCGGUAUCAAGAUUAAAGGGGCUUCAAGAUCUGACUGUGCUUGCUUGUCCGGGGCUAACGGAAAUCCAAGGCGCGGAGAAAUUGGAAUUGCUCGAGGCAUUGUUUAUUCACAGAUGUAGUUCCUAAGAGAGGUUGCCCGAUCUAUCAGAAUUAAAGAAACUGCGGCGAGUGAAUCUCGCACAUUGUCCACUGCAAAAUUUGCCCGAAUUAUGUCUUCCAGAAACGUGUCAUUUGACACUUAACGGAUGCGGGAUUUCUCCUGCCUUUGAUGGCGUUUACAAAGAGUGGAAGGAUACUCAGUCACAGCGUGGAUGAUAUCAACAGCCAACUCUGGAAAGAGAGAAUUAUCUUAUAUCCUCUUACGGUCGAUGAAAUCUCCUUUUAUUUCUUCUUCCCCAAUAUUUUAUUUUUCUUUUUCUUUUCCUGAGCAAUUUUCUUUUUGUUCCAAUUAGAAAUAUUCACUAUAUAGGACGCACAUGUUCACCUUGAGUUUUAGAAUAAUUAAGCACCAAAUGCUUUUGUAAUAUCCGUGAAUUUUGAGAGAAAGGAAAAAAAGGAAGGUCUUAGUCAUGAUUCGUAGAUUAUUAAUUACAUUAUUGUGGAAACUAUAUUGUGGUUCGU